AUGGCUACCCCUAGUGUCCUCGCUUUUGACGCUGAGGGUCGGGCCAUUGACUUUGACGUCUGGAUAGAUGACCUGCAGCUUUUCUUACAGUGCGAUAGGGCAGACGGCCUCUCCCUCUUUGACCUCACUUCUGGUGCCUCUCCUGCUCCCGCCACUGAUGCUGACGCAACUGUUCGCUCCCAGUGGGCCACGCGCGAUGCUGCUGCACGUCUUGCUGUGCGUCGCCACCUGCCUACCUCUGAGCGUGCGCACUUUAGCCAGUACAAGAGUGCUCAGACCUUGUACGACGCUGUAGUUGCACGCUACUCCUCCCCUGCCACUGCUGCACUGAGCCGCCUCAUGCUACCGUACCUCUUCCCUGACCUUGCUGCCUUUCCCACAGUCGCUGACCUCAUUACGCACCUCCGCACUAGUGACACUCGCUACCGCGCUGCGCUUCCUGCUGAGUUCUGCGCCAAGAACCCCCCCCCCAUGUACAUCACCCUCUACUACAUCGUCACCCGUCUCCCUGACUCCCUUCGCGUAGUCAGGGACCACUUCCUCUCGGUUUGUCCCACCACUCUCACCGGGUGUUCCCCCUCCCCUCUUUUGCCCUCUGUUGCCUCUGCUGCUGCGGCCGACCUCGCUGGUUUGGAGUCGGUUGGGGCAGCGUCUACCCCUAGCGGGAGACGCCGCCCUGGCAGGGGCAAGGGGGGCAGGGGCGCUGGAGGAGCUAGCGGGGGCGGUGGAGGCGGCGGUGGAGGUGGUGGAGGAGGUGGGGGUGGCGGUGGGAGUGGUGGCGGGGGUGGAGGUGUAGGUGGCGGCAGUGGAGGCGCAGGAGGCAGCGGCGGUGGCGGAGGGAGCGGAGGUGGCGGCGGUGGAGGAGGAGGCGGCGGAGGAGGUGGAGCUGGUCGGGGUGGCGCUGCGCAGAGGGUCAGCUCCGGUGGUGGUCAGCGCCAGCAGCAGCAGCAGCAGCAGCAGCGCACUCGUGACGUCCCCUCCCCUCAGCAGCUCCGGCGGGUGUAG